AUGGAUCUUCCUCAUGAUCUGGCUUCGGCGCUGCUGAACCAGCCACUCAACUAUAUUCUUCCCAAACAGGACACAGGCAAGAAGGACAUUGAUGACGAGCUGCUGCGCGAAUUCAAGGUUUCCGACCAGCUAAAACAGAUAACCUUCAAGAAGCCAGCUAUGAAACUGCCCGCAAAGGCUACCACCGAGCACACAGAGCCGCCAGGGGCGCUGGAACGACACAUUCUGGCUGCUGUGAGCUCCAAUCGAUCGUGGACCAAGCCCGAUCUAAAGGUCAAGAGAAUCAAAAUUGACAGCACGCCCACAGAUUUUGACAGCGUGCAGCUUCAGUCGCACGAGAAGGCUUUCUCCGUGGCCGAAGAGAAGCCCGUUGUACAUUUGGACUCGCGCAAAUUGCAGACGGAGGCCAAAGAUAAGCUGGUUUCCAUUUUGCAGGGCCCAUUCGAUCUAGACCCGGAGACGCUGCAGACUCUGGAGGACAGCAUGAAUCGGCUGUGGUACUCGAAACAGCUGAAAGACAUCGACGCACAGCUUCUUGUUCGUCUCAACGAGACGUGCUCCGCGAUGCUGGACUUCCAGUUCGCCAAUUUCGACGGCGACGAGAUGGACGUUGCGUGCCAGGCCGCCAAGAGCGCAAUAUUGGUGAUGCUGGUCUUCACAAGCAACCAUAGCGACAAACAGCUGUAUUUGGAGAACUAUCUCACGUCUGUGCUGGAAUUUGUGUACGCGUGCGGCGAUGCUCUGCAAAAUUCUGACGUUUCUGGCUCUGACCAUUUUUUGAAGAGCUACAUUAAAAUCAUGGACCUGCUGGCCUGCUAUGCCAAAUACAACAGUCUGGAGGACAACAUAGUCACGAAGUUGGAGUACUUCACGCUGAAACUAUGUUUUUCCGGCUCAAAACAAGACCCCAGUUACGACAGACUGCGUGUAGCAGCCUCAAACGUGAUCUACGAAAUAUUCAACAGAAACCCGGACCAGCGCGUGUUUCUGCUCCACGAGAUCGUCAACAGCUUUGACCAGCUGUCGCCGCACAAGACAAACUCCCGCCAGUACCAUCUGGCGCGCGGGUUCAGCGUCCAGCUGGUGACGAUGCUUCUGGUGCGGCUGAUCCAGUCGUUCAGUGUGUGCUACGAGUUUGACGAGGCGUACUGGAAAGUGAGCGAAAAAAAGCGCCAGGAGCUGAACUCGAGCAUCUACAGCUACAUCGAAGCGUCGGCAGACGAGCUGGCGCGGCUCUCGAAUGAGAUCGCCUCGUUGCUGGUCACGAAAAUCACCUCCAAUUACGACACCACGGGAAAAAAAGUGCUGGAGAAUUUCAUAGAGGACUUGCUCGCCAUGGCGGAGUAUCCGGAAUAUGCCGGCUGCGAGACGCUGCUGGAGUCGUUUCUGCACACUCUGAUGUUUGUUUUCAGCUCCGACAACUACUCUGCGCAGAUCGAGGCGUUUGCGCUGGAGCUGAUGGGCCUUAUUGGCUCAAAAAUCCUCGCGUUGCGCAGAAGCCAACAGCCGGCCCGGUUCAGCGCCGACAUGAGCGUCGCCGACUUCCAGACGCUGUUCGAGCAGUAUCUCGCCGUCUGGCGCGAGCUCAAAACAUACCGGUCAUUUUUUGCAUUCAAACUGUUCACCAAGGUCCACGCUCUUACAAAGUCCGCUUCAGAUGAACUACUUUCCUGCUGCCAAAGAGCAGAGUUCCUGCUGCUCCAGAUCAUCAACCAGAAGGUGCCGCUCCCCCAGAUCGACCGCCCGGCAGACUAUCUCGCCGUUCUCGCGUCGCAGAACCUGUUUGCUCACUACGACGCUUUUCUCGGGCUGAUCGUCAAGUCGCUCGACCACCCGCGCACCAAGUCCAGAAACAGAGCCAUCAAGAACCUGUCGCUGCUGAUUGAGCGCGAGCCGUCGCUGCUGACGCUGCCGACCGUGAAACAGUCGCUGGCGGCGCGGCUCGUAGAGCAGUAUGCGUCGGUGCGCGACUCGAUCGUCGAGCUGCUGCUGAACACGGUGCCGGCGCAUCCCGAGCUUGUCGGCGACUUCUACGCUCCCGCGUGCGACAGGAUCGGCGACGCCAGCAUGGCGGUGCGGAAAAAGGCCAUCAGUCUGGCCAGGGUGAUGUACGAGCACUCCACAGAGCAGAGCGUGCGCACGGCGGUCUGCGAGAAGCUGCUGCGGCGACUGGACGACGAGGAGGACGCCGUGAUCGACCUGGCGGUCGCCUGUGUCAAGGACCUGCUGCUGCUGUCGCACGAGGACCCGCUCGCCAGGGCAGAGACUAUGGUCUGCGUGAUUGGCAAGUCAGAAAAAAACUGGGACUACUUCGAGCGGUUUCUGCGCGAAAAAGUCGUCCACCACUUCGCAACGAGCCCAGAGCUCAGAAAUGCAGUGGCCGCCGUCAUCCAGGCAAUUCUGGAGCACGUCACGAGCCAAGUGCAUUGCAACCACGACCGCGUGCAGAACAUGACCGGAUUGCUGGCAAUAUUUGUCAAGUGCGACGGCACGCUGCUCUCACAGGACCAGCUCGUCUCGCUCCAGCCGUACAUCACCGACGACAGCUCCACGGGCAGCUCGCUGUGCUACAACAUCCUGCAGAUAUUCCACUACACGCUGCCCCAGACACGGUCGCUGAAAAAAACGUUUAUCCACCAGUGCCAGACGUCGCUCCUGGCGCGACUCACCAAGUUCAACGCGCGCGAGCUCGAGGAGGCCAUGCCGUGUCUGUGGCUGCUGUCGCUGAUGAAAAAAGACACAGAGAAGCUGGCCCGGGCGUGCAUCUCGUCGCUGGCUCUUUUGAGGCCGUAUCUCGCGAAAAUCAGAGAAAACAGCUACGAGCCAGAUCCCAAGGUGUUCCGGCUGUUGUUUCUGCUGGGCAACGUGGGACGCCACUGCCGGCUCGACGCGCACACAGAGCUGUUCCAGGCGGCCAGUUUGGGCUUUAAGGCCACCGACACGGUGUCUGGGUUCAUUAUCAAGCAUAUUUCGGUGUUUUGCGACGAGGCGCUCGACGCGAGCUCGCAGCGCGUGGCGAUCAAAAACCUGCUCAACGUGUGCAUCACGCACCCGCGUUGGUUCAUGAGCGAGCGCAUUCUGGGCGUCAUGGACCGCGUCUUCGAGAGCAACGACCCGGAUCUCCAGGAUAUCGUCGUCAACACGCUGGCGACGUUUCUCGAGCUGCAGGACCGCGAGGCCGUGCUGCGCAACGGGCUGGACUUCAAGGACUCCAAGACGGUCAAGCUGGACGUGCAGGUGUUCCACGGCGAGUCGUCCGAGUACGUGAACGACGGAAUAUGCUCCUCGCUCGUGCAACGGUACCUGCACCAUGUGCUAAAAAAUUGCCUCCUCGACGAAUCGGGCCACUCGCUGCGCGCGGUGACGUUUCUCAAGCUCGUGGUGAGGUUUGGCUUUGCCAACCCGAAGCUGUGCAUCGCCACGAUCGUCGCGCUGGAGGCGUCCCAGACACCGGCCAUCCGGUCGACAGCGCUGGCGAUGCACGAGCAGCUGUUCGAGAAGUACGAGUCGCUCAUCGAGUCGGGCUACAUGGAGGGCCUGCGCAUGGCGUUCGAGUACCGCAGACGGCUUUCUGGCCAGCUGUUGUCGGAGACGACGCUUUUCCGGUGCAUGAUGAGCGUGCUGGACGGCAGCAAGAUGGCCGGAAAGCGGUUUCUGCGGCUGCUUGUGAAGACGCUCGCGAAUUUCGAGGACCCAGACCCGCUGUUUGUGGGCUACGUGGCCGUCAACCUCGCUGCCGUCCAUUUCCGGCAGCAGGACCACGUGUUUUUCCUGGUUUCGGGUCUCGAGCAGAUCAUCGACACAGAGGCGGCCGAGCUUGUCGAGCGGACCGACGAGGAGGACGACUGGGACGUGCUGGGUGCGCAGGCACGGGCGCUGUUUGUUUUAAUGCGGCUGAAGGACGUUCUGGUGACAAACUACAAUCUGUCGGACGAGCGAAUAGUCAAAUAUCAGACGUCGGCCAAGGAUUUCAGAGGCGCCAUCACGCGCGUCGAUACCGUUCCGCUGGACGUGGCGGAUCUGGAUCUCGCCAGACGCAAGGGCGGACAGAUGUCGCAGAAGCUGUGCACGAAGUUGCUGGAACUGGUAGAAGAUUAA